AGCUGAUCGAGUCAAGGAGCUUUCUCAGUACACACCAAAUUCCAGUUGAUUGCAAGCCUUUGCUCCUAACACAUCGUAUCGUGUGGAGUUGCUCAGAAACAAUAUUAACAACAACAAAAAAAACUGCCCACCAGAAGUGUUUUGUGCUUGAGAAAAUUUAUUAUCAACGAGAGCUUAAAUUUAUACCGUGAAAGAUGCCGAGUCUCACGCCAGAGCAGAUUGAGAUAGUCAAGAGCACGUGGGUAACCGUAGCGAAUGCACCCGAGGAUUCUGGUGAAGCGAUUUUGUUGCGCUUCUUUGAGAAAUAUCCCCACAAUCAGAAGUACUUCCCAUUUCGUAAUGUUCCACGGGAGAAUCUCAAGGGAAGUGCCAUGUUUAGAAGUCAUGCAGGACGUGUUAUAGCUGUUUUCCAGAAAUCUGUUGAUGCCUUCAACACUGCCGAUCCAGUGGGAACACUCGUGGAGAUUUGGACCGAAAUUGCUAAGACGCACUUUAAAAGGAAUAUUACCCAGACAUCAUUUAAUGAGCUUAAAGAAGUGAUACUUGAAGUUUUGACUGCAGCAUGCAAACUCGAUGGAGUACAGCAGACUGCCUGGGCUGUGACAUUGGACACAAUCUUCGAAAUAAUCUCAAAAGAGCUCGUAAAACUUGGUCAAACAUCUCAGUAA